AUGGGAAGUUUCGAACCAGCUAUGACGGUACUCGACUCAAAGCUCCAAGGUACGCCGGAUCAGAUGGUGCAAGAAAUGCUCCAAACGCUUGGAAUAGCUAUGUUUUGUGUAAAUUCAUCGCUUGCUGAAAGACCAACAAUAAAGGAAGUGGCACUUAUGGAAUCCCUUGAAUCACAUGCACCCAAAGCUAGUGGGGUGCAUGGACUAAACGGUCAAGAUCUGCAAAAAGAAAGCAGAAAAACUGGAUAUGGGGGUGGCUAUAAAGGCAAGAUUAAAGUGAUUGAUCAAGAUUUCAGAUGGCGUAAAUGGAGAGCUUGUUAUGGCUAUGGAAACGAUGAUCCUGUUAUCCAACUCAACCAUGAAGUGAUCCCGGGUUACCAUUUUGGGGAUGUUGAUUCGAGUACUUUCAGUGGCGAAGCCUCCGUGUGGAAGAAGAACAUACUCAUGGGAGGAAAAUGUGAGCUCCCGGAUUUUUCAGGGGUGAUAAUCUAUGACUCUGCAGGGAAUGUCGUCACCCCUGCAAAAACGCCGCGUGCUCUUCCAUGGAAAUAA